AUGUCUCGUCCACAUGAAGUGUGUUUUUUCUCUAGCGGUGCAUUGCCCCUGGGUGCCUGGGAUGCCGGGCCAUCAUCACUCAGCAGAGGCCUAGCCCUGGAGCCGGGCAGCUCCAUCCCCAGAUUGUCAGAGCUGGCAGGGCUGUGGUCUGGGGCAUUCAGGUCUGCAGCAGCCCCUGAUGUGUCUCCAGCUCAGGAUGACUCGCUUGUUGCUCUUCGUAUAAACAUCAGCAACGAAAGCGAGCACAGAAUGACUGCAGUCACCUUCACUAUCAGCCUCCCGAAGACCAAGAGGCAGAUAAUGCUGACCUCAGGAGACGAGAAAGGGAUUUUAGGGAACAGCACCAAUUGA